GCGGGAAGUUCCGCGUGUCUGCCUGCUGACGGAGGCGAGGUUAAUUUGAGGGCUUUCUUUGUACAUGGUGUUGGCAGGGAAUUCUUGGAAGGAAAUACCGUUUGUUGACCUAAAACGGCCCCAUGACUGGGUUUAGUUAACUUCAUUUUGUAAAUGUCAAGUGCUAAACACAAAAGGUUUUGACACUGAAGAAAAUGAAGAGAAACUUAAAUGAAAGUUCAACUCGAAGUACAGCAGGCUGUUUGCCUGUGCCGUUGUUCAAUCAGAAAAAGAGGAACAGACAGCCAUUAACAUCUAAUCCACUUCAGAGUGAUCCAGGAAUCGGUACUGUUUCUGACAGUUAUGGUUUCCCAUCUUUACCAACAGAUUGGGCAUGGGAAGCUGUGAAUCCAGUGGUGGCUCCUUUAAAGAAAACAGUGAAUACAGGGCAAAUACCAGCUUCUGCUUCUUAUCCCCCGAGAACUGAAGAUCCUGUGUGUAAAUCUAUUGAGUCAAACGCUGAAAGAAGCCAAGGUGGCGGGGGCUACAGAGGCAACAACAGAAACACUAGCUCUAGAACUUGGGAUAGAAAUGAUUUCCGACCUCAGCAUAAAACUGUAAGCUCUGCGGCAAACAGUGAGUUCAGUUCUGGUCCAGUGAAUUUGGGAGCUCAACGACAAAAACAGUUCCAAACACCUGAAUUUCCUAACUUACCUGGACACAAAGAAGCUGAAGUUCCCCGACAGACAUAUUUAUCAAAACUGCCUGGCUCUACAAUGAAAGGUCCAGACAGAGCCAGCGCACUGCAGGCCUUUAAACCAAGUUUUCAACAAAAUCCAUUUAAUAAAACAGUGUUGGGAGAUGUUCCAAGAGAAAAUUCUCUGAAGGAAACUUCCUUGCAUCAGUUAAAGGAAAAAGAUAAUUCUUUAAGAAUUAUUUCUGCAGUUAUUGAAAGCAUGAAGUAUUGGCAAGCACAAGUGAAGAAAACUGUACUUCUUUUUGAAGUAUUGGCUGUCCUGGAUUCGGCUGUCACGCCUGGCCCACAUUAUUCAAAGACUUUUCUUAUGAGAGAUGGGAAAAAUAUUCUUCCAUGUGUAUUUUAUGAAAUUGAUCGUGAACUUCCAAGACUGAUUAGAGGCCGAGUUCACAGGUGUGUUGGGCACUAUGACCCACACAAGAAUGUUUUCAAGUGUGUUUCUGUCAGACCAGCAUCUGCUUCUGAACAAAAGACUUUUCAAGCAUUUGUUACAAUUGUAGAUGCCGAGAUGAAAUAUCAUACUAAAGUAAUGAAUGAAAUGUAAAUAGUGACAAAGGGAAUUACAUAAUAUGAACAGAAGCAUUUACUGUUAUUAAUUUACCACUUGCAUGGUUUUAUCACUCUUGUUUUCUGUAUUUCACUUCUUUUUAUACAAAUGAAAAUUUUCUUAUAGAUUUUCAUCAAAA